AAGGAAAACAACUAGCCAUUGUAAUUACAUAAAACAACCAACUCGCCGUCAUUACCUAUAACGAGCAACUAGCCAUUAUAAUUACCUAUAGCGAGCAACUAGUCAUCAUUACCUAUAACGAACAACUAGCCAUCAUUACCUAUAACGAGCAACUAGCCAUUAUAAUUACCUAUAACAAGCGACAAGCCACAAUUACAUAAAGCAAGCAACUCGCCAUCAUUACUUAGAGGAAGCAACUAGCCAUAAUUACCUAUAGCAAGCAACUAGCCAUCUUUACCUAUAGCAAGCAACAAACCGUUAAUUACCAAUAGUGGGUAACAAGACAUAAUUACAUAUAGCGAGCAAAUAGCCAUCAUUACCUAUAGUAAGCAAGCAGCUACCAAUACCUUUAGCGAGCAAUUUGCAAUCAUUACUUACAGCAAGCAAUUAGCCAUAAUUACCCCUAAGAAGUAACUAUCCACCAUUACCUGUAGUGAGCAAUAAACCAUAAUUAUAUAUAGCGAGCAAUUACACAUCAUUACCUAAAGCGAGCAAAUAGCCAUCAUUACAUAUAACAUGCAGCUAGUCAUUAUAGUUACCUAUAGCGAGCAACUAGCCCUAACUACUAAUAGUGCGCAACUAGCUUUGAUCACCUAUAAAGAGCAAUUAGCCAUCAUUACUUACAGAAUUCUUAGAAAUAUUCUCCUCUACACCCGAGCAAAUAGAAAACAUAUUGUAGUUGUUAGUGUAUAGCACCUGUAAACAAAAUUAUAUAAAAAUCGCCAUGUCUGUCUGUCUACAUGUCCAUCUUCUGUCCUUCCCUAUUAAUCUGCAUCAGGGAGACAACUUGUAAUAAUAACAUUUAAUGAUCAGUCAACAUAUUUGAAAUCAUUCUGUUCCUCAAGAUUGAAAAUUGCAAUCAUUGAACCAUCAAUGUACAACACUUGCAACAGACAUUUAAGGAUUUCCUGUGCGAUACUCAGGUGACCGUUUCUGUCCAUCGGUCAGUAACCUAAAUGUUGAACUUUAAUGGAUUGAUAUAUCAGUAGUUAUAGUUUUUUCUAAGAAACUGUUUCAAUAAGAUUAAUGAGAAUUUAUCACCACGUUGAUAUUGUGAUUUCUUGAUUUUUGACAGGUUCAUACUGGACUUUCAUGAGGUCUUGCAGAACUGAUAAAAGGACGUCGACGUCAAAGUGGUAAUGUUCCUAUCACACAUAAAGUGAUUGUAUUCCUAAAGACCCAGACCCUCCACAUCAUGGACACACUAGGACUCAGCACUCAGCUAAAAGUACGACAAUGUUCUCAAUGUCAGAGGGACACUGAAUUUUAUUGUAACACAUGUAAACGUGAUCUGUGUUUACAGUGUAAAAAGAAACAUGUUACAGAAAAUAACACCAAAUAUCACAAUGUAGUGUUCUAUAUAACUCGUCAUACCGAGAGGAGUUUUACCACACAGUGUAAACUACGACGGUGUUCUCAAUGUCAGGGGGACACUGAGUUCUACUGUAACACAUGUAAACGUGAUCUGUGUUUACAGUGUAAAGAUAAACAUGUCAAUGAUCUAGAUACCAUAUACCAUGAUGUUGUGAUUUACCGUGAGAAGUUUAAAUAUGUCCCUUUACGAGAGACCUGUGUAAGACAUCCAAACAGAAAAUACAAAAUGUUCUGUGAUCAGUGUAACUAUUCCGUGUGUAAGCGCUGUACAGACCACAGAACACACGCGCUGGUGGAUCUUAGAACAGCCUAUCAAACAAAGCGACAACAACACCGAGAAAUCAUUGACAACAUCAGAAGUGAGACUCUCUAUAACUGUCGUGUUCUCCUGGCAGGAAUCCAAACUGAUAUCAAAACUUGUCCCCCACAAAUCUGUCACCGUCAAUCACAGAUGUCAACAAAAGCCCAGAGACUGAAGGAUCUGAUUGACACCGUGGUAUAUGAUGUUAAAACAAGAUACAAAGGUUUAUUGAUUGAUAGAAUACAACAACAGAAGAGAAAAAUGAACAGACAACUUGUUCACCUACAGAACUAUGAAGACAGAUAUGAACAAUCAGCAAACAGAGUGGUACAAUUCCUCUUGUUUAUAAAGACCAGUCGUGUCCCCCAGAUAAAGAACAGUCCUAGUCAGUUAUUGAGUGUCAUCACAGAAAUCCAAAUGACAACAAGAAAACGACAAGUAGGAAUAGACGAGUGUGUGAAAGUGACAUCCACACCUGUAUUACACACGUCUGUCUGUGUGACAGGUGUUAGUCGUGUGUUACACAUAUCUUGUGUGAUUUCAGACCGGGUCUGGGUCUCUAAUUAUAACAAUAUCAUCUUGACAGACACAACAGGAGACGUUAUACACCGUGUGACAAAUAUAACACUAGGGAUAACAGGAAAACACACAGUGAACAAUUCUGGUGAACUGAUUUAUAUAGACAGUGUACGUAACAUCAACAAACUGUCUACAGACAAUCAGACAGUCACCACACUGUUACAGAGACCAUCACUAUGCUAUCCAGUGUGUGUGUACUGCUCCCCGUCCACUGGAGAUCUGAUGGUUGGGGUGCGUAUCACUGAUACAAAGACAGGCAAGGUAACCCGGUACAACAGUAGUGGUCAACACAUCCUGACCAUAGAACACGACAACGCAGGUCACACGCUGUAUAAUGGUCCUCGUUAUAUCACAGAGAACAAGAACGGUGAUAUAAUUGUGUCUGACUGGAUUAAUGUUAACCGUGGUGGUGCUGUAGUUGUGACAGAGCGCGGGGGCAGACAUCGAUUCUCAUACACAGGACCUCCAUCAGGAUCAUCACUUGCACCACUAGGAAUCUGUACAGACGCGCUGUCAAACAUCCUUGUGUGUGAUAAUAAAACCCACACAGUACAGAUGAUUGACAAGGACGGUCACUUCCUGUCUCUGUUACUGACACGACAACACGGGAUAAACUAUCCAUACAGCCUGAACUAUGAUGAUAAAACUCACCUUCUCUGGGUUGGAUCGUUGUACAGCAACACAGUGUCUGUAUAUAGAUAUCUACAGAGGAGGUACUCUCUGACUGACUAUCCAAACAGUGAGGAAGAGGACACCAGAGAAGAAUCUGACUCGGAUGACCACAACGCCAGGGGAAAAUCUAACACCGAUGAUGCAGGCGCCAGGGGAGAAUUUGACUCUGAUGACGAGGAUGCCAGGGGAGAAGCUGACCCUAAAUCAGUUUGGCAGCGGUGUAUUUUGCUGUAGAUUGAUGGUGGACAUUGAUUACAUUUCCUCAUCUAGUGAUGGUGGACACUGAUUAUAUUUCCUCAUCUAGUGAUGGUGGACAUUGAUUACAUUUCCUUAUCUAGUGAUCGUGGACAUUGAUUACAUUUCCUCAUCUAGUGAUGGUGGACAUUGAUUACAUUUCCUCAUCUAGUGAUGGUGGACAUUGAUUACAUUUCCUCAUCUAGUGAUGGUGGACAUUGAUUACAUUUCCUUAUCUAGUGAUCGUGGACAUUGAUUACAUUUCCUCAUCUAGUGAUGGUGGACAUAUUACAUUUCCACAUAUAGUGAUGGUGGACAUUGAUUACAUUUCCUCUUCUAGUGAUGGUGGACAUUGAUUACAUUUCCUCAUCUAGUGAUGGUGGACAUUGAUUGCAUUUAUCAGUCAGUGAUGGCAGACAUACAUUCAAGUUUAUAAUUGUGGCAUGCAUUCAUCGAGUUGUGUUGACCAUAAACUUCAUGUAAUUCAUUGAUCAAACUUUCAUUUUCACACUUUAUAUAUUAUGUAUUGACUUUAUGAGAUACAUUUUUUAUAGAAGUUUUAUGAUGUAUUUUUGUAAAAGAAUUUUCAAUCAUGUAAAUGUUUUAGAUAUUUUCUAUCUGUAUUAUGCAUGUCUGCAAAAAACAAAACAAGGUACGAUUGUGUACAUAAAAAGAACCCAGAAAUGUCUCUUGUUUUUAAAUGUGUCUUGAAUCAAGCUUGAUCUGUGUUUUGAAUUAGCUUAACAUGCCAAGUAUACCAUUUCAACUUAAAGUUAUUUCUUAUUUCAUAGCUUUAUUACGCCAUUAAUGAAAGUUUGUCCCGAAUUAUUUUUCAAAAAGAGCUUGAUAACGUUAAAUUUGAUCCAGAUUAUUGCUUAGGAAAAGGUGUGCCCAUCCCUCGAGCAUAAUAAAAUUCAUACUGUGUAUUAAGAAAAGAUGAAAAAUGAAUUCGAAUAUGAAUUUGCUUGAUUCAUAGGCUGUAUGUUUUCCAAAAGGAAAACCCCCUGAAUAAAUGUUUUUUCAUUGAUUUUGCCAAUUUUCUGCCAACUUCACACUCAUGUCAUACAACACAAAGCAACUUUGGAUCAAAUUAAACGUAAUUUCGAUUUGUUUAUACAUUCCUUAUUUAAAUUUCAAAUUCUGGGACUACUACUGAAAUCAUUUAUUUUCUGGGUCAGAUGACUUCAGAAACUCUACAUACUUUUUUUUUAAAAACCAAUCUGUUUACCAAAUUCGACACUGAGCAGUAAAGUAUCAGAAAGGGACUCAAUAAUAUUCAAUAAUAUUCGAGGGGUUCAGUUAAUCCAUUUCUAAAUUGCCACAUAGGGCGUAUUUUUAAACAAAAAAUAAACAUUCCUGUUUUACAAGACUUCAUUUCCUCAUGUAGAAUAGGGUUUUCAGCAUACGGUGAGUAAAACUAACGUAGAGUUGGGAAACGGUUCUUAGAGUUAGAUAGUUCUAUAAAGAUUCGAGGUCCACAUUGGUUCAAGUUAGAAUGAGUUAUGUUUAGGCCAUCGCAGUGUUUACAUUUAGUCUUGAGCGGUAUUACUUUGAGGUUCAUGCUGGUGUAGUAAAAUGUUUGUUUUUGACAAUACAUGUAUAUGGAACCUCAUUGUUGUCCUAACUUUAGAUUUUCUUAUCAUUUCUGUACAUCUGUUGUGUAGUUAUGGUUUUUAUUAUCGCCCGUCAUUAGACGGGACAUAUUAUGUUACAGCGCUGUCUGUCCGGCUGACUGUCCGUCCGUCUGUCCGUCCCGGGUCAUGUUUUCCGGACCUUUUUUCCGUAACGGAUCCAUGUACAACUUUGAAAUUUGGUCACCAUAUCUCCCUCAAGAAUUGUAAGAGUGAGUUUGCAUUUCAGCUGCAUUGGUCCAUUGUUGAUCUACUUUAGGGCUAUAAGUAGGUCAAACAGUUUUCCGGGCUUCUUUUCUUUGUUCGUCAAUACAACCUCGCAUUGGGUCAAAUGCUGUCUGACGUGUUUCAUACCGAUUGUUAAGCCGUUCUUGGCACACUGAUUUUGACUGCGGAUCACUCCGUUUACCUGGUCAGGAUAUGGGGCUCACGGCGGGUGUAACCGGUCAACAGGGGAUGCUUACUCCUCCAAGGCACCUGAUCCCACCUCUGGUGUGUCCAUGGGUCCGUGUUUGCCCAACUAUCUAUUUUGUAUUGCUUGUAGGAGUUAUGAGAUUGAUCACUGUUCGUUAUCUUCACCUUGCAUACAGAUGUUGCACUGAAAUUUCCACAUAAGCUUCAUUUCAGAAAAAUGCAAGUUCAGUUAGCAUUUCUGUUCCGUGACGUACAUUAGGACUGAUAGUAGGUCAAAUAGAUUUCUGGGCCUUUUUUUUUUUAUUACGGAUACAGAUAUUGUCCUGAAAUUAAGUCGGAGGCUUCCUCUUGGAGGAAUACAAGUUCAGUCUUAAUUUCAGCUGGAUUAAUCUAAGCUGAAAGUAGGUCAAACAGUUUUCAGGGCUUUUUUCAUUACAGAUACAAAUAUUACACUGAUAUUUAGUCAUAGGCUUCCUCUCGGAUGAAUACAAGUUCAAUUUGCAUUUCAGUUAGAUUGGUCUAUCCUUGACCUACUUUUUGGGAAAAUAGGUCAAACAGUUUUCCAGGCUUUUUAUCCUUAUAGAUACAGAUAUUACCCUGAUAUUUAGUCAAAGGCUUCCUCUCAGAGGAAUACAAGUCCAGUUUGCAUUUCAGCUGUAUUGAUCUAUCGUUGACAUACUUUUGGACUAAACAUAGGCCAUACAGUUUUCCAGACUUUUUGUCAUUAUGGAUACAGAUAUUGCCCUGAAAUUUAGUCAAAGGCUCACUGGGAGACGGGCGUAUAUUGUACUAUUUGUUCUACUCUUGUUUUGUUGGAGGGGUGAGUAAAUUUUAUAUUUCUUAGAGAUUAUUAUAUUCAUUCAUUUUCAUGAAGAAGUUUAUCAUUUGAGAUCAACUACUCUGAAACCAUACUUAUUUAUGCUAUGAUAAAUUUGUAAACUUUACAGGUCUUUUCAUUUCGAACAAGGUGUUGUACACGAUCUAAGAAUAACAUCCGAACCUGGAUAAAACAAGUAAACAGUGUAGUAUGAUAAGUCUUCUGAUCUCAAGUACUAGUGACAGCGAGUUGUUUUCAUACACAAUAUAAUUUGUACUUUGGAAGAAGCUAGACUUAUUUCAAUCCCAGCAUACACACAGGCUUCCUGGUACAUUUUUUGGUGCAUAGACCAGGAUUUACGCUACAUUUUGCUUCCCAUUACAUUCAGAAAACAAAGAAAACAUGAUAAAGUUUAAAGUAUUUUAUUGUUCAAAAUAUCAUGGGACUAAUUCAAAGGACACAAAAUGUUAAUAUACAUGUAUA